GAUCGCCGUGUUAGACCGAAGGGAAGCAAUUUUCCGAACGAUCGUGCGUGAAGGAGUGACAGAAACUGCCGUUUUGUUGCCGCAAACCACGAGUGACGCAUAGACUAUCCAACGGAAAAGGUUUCGGAAUCGAAAUUCUUGCGUAAAGAUUUGAAAUUAAUAUCGUUUCGAGAGACAUUCUAAAACAGUUAGCGUGUGGCUGUUGAAGAAGGUAGAAUGCUGUGAUUGAAUGACUCUUUAAGAAAUGUAUGUGCGCUUAAAAAGAAGAAAUAUUUUAGAACGUGUAUCUGGAUUUAAAAGCCAUUGCUAUCAACAUGUACAUAUCAUCAGUUAAUUCCAUUGCAGCCAGUUGGCUGUUCCUGAUAAUUCCAUUUUAUAGCAGAGCUGAAAGAUCAGAUUGGAUCCCUCACGAAGCCAACGAUCCCGUGCAUUACCAAUUUCGACCAAUACAGCCAGAAUCAGUUUCUUUGGAAGAACAGUUACCUAAUGUCCCAAAACCUCCGCAGUACAACAUUCAUUAUCCUAAAUAUAAUUCAGUACAGUCUGGAAUAGCUUCGAAGGAUCGUCAUUCUGAAGACGAAGUGAAACUAAAUGUGACCAAAUCCAUCCCAGAAUACCUUAGAGAAGUAGACAAACCGUAUUAUUAUUCUCAAUUUGUUGGAAAUGAACGGACUCCGAAGGAAGAAAGUGCUGCGCGAUUAGAGCGCAAAGAGAUUGGAGAAAUAGACAAGGAAAUAAUGAAGAAAAUGAAUAUGUUAGACAAAAUUUUAUCCGAAGAUACUGUUGAGAAUGACGUCGAGAAGAACACAGUUGAAGAUGGAAUCAUCGCGGAAAUAAACCUCUCUGAAGAGACGAAGAGAGUUGUCAGACAAGUUCGCAAGUAUCGGCCGGGAUUCUUCUGGACUCUGGCGAAACUUGCUUUUGAGACAUUCAACGACACGCGAUCGGCGAUUAAACAAAUUAGUAAUAUCAUUAGUCAGAACAUUGAACCGGAUCCGACUACACGACGGUCAGCGAGUAAUCAUCCGUUGGUGGUCGAUACGACAACAAUCGCACCAUCGAUUGGUCAAAAUAAUACGUCCAGCGGUAUGGCAGGUGUUAACGCAACUACGACCACGCAGGCACCUUUCAGACUUACGCCAACCAAUCUGCAAAAUUUAAUUUUGAGAAAUGUUCGUGGUUUAGUGAGGCUAUUCAAUAUCGAAUGGCAGGAUGCCAUGAAUCAAUCAGAGAUGAAUGUAAAGGAAUUUCAAAAGAAUCUCGGGAAUGAAGUAGGCAGAUUUCUGCAGGAUAACCCAAACGCUUUUUAAAGCGAAGAGAGUGAAGAAGAAUUAAAUAGACAAUGAAUUGAAUAUCAAGAAAAAAAGUUCCGAACUGUAUAUAAUAUAGUGUUUUUUAAUUUAACUAAAGACUUCUGUUAGUCUCUGAAAAUAAUAUUUAAAUUUUUAAUGAGAGAUAUCUACAUUUUCCUAAAUAUUUAUAUAAUUAUUUAUAGCUCAAUUUUCAAGUAGAAGAAAUAGAUUUAUGCAAAUAUAUUUAUGCUUCUCUUCAUUCAAAUUCAUUGCACAUGUCAUUGUAAAUGCAUUUAUUAAAUAUAAUACGCAAAUAAAAUGCA